AUGUUAGCUUCAGGAUCGCGUGCCCAGGAACCCCGGUUUCUGCUGCUUUCGCUUCUGCUUCUCGCAGCCUGGAAGGCCGGGAGAGGCCAGGUCCACUACUCGGUCCCCGAGGAGGCCAAACACGGCACCUUCGUGGGCCGCAUCGCCCAGGACCUGGGGCUGGAGCUGGAGGAGCUGGUGCCGCGCCUGUUCCGGAUGGCGUCCAAAGGCAGUGGGGACCUUCUGGAGGUAAAUCUGCAGAAUGGCAUUUUGUUUGUGAAUUCUCGGAUCGAUCGCGAGGAGCUGUGCGGGCGGAGUCUGGAGUGCAGCAUCCACUUGGAGGUGAUCGUGGAGAGGCCGCUAGAGGUUUUCCAUGUGGAGGUGGAGGUGAAGGACAUUAACGACAACCCGCCUGUGUUCCCGGCGACGCGGAAGAAUCUGUUUAUUUCCGAAACUCGGGCUCUUGACUCUCAUUUUUCACUAGAGGGCGCCUCCGACGCAGAUAUCGGGGUCAACGCUCUGCUGUCUUACGGACUGAGCCCCAAUGAGUAUUUCUCUCUUGGAAUACCGACCAACGACGAGCAGGUAAAACCACUUCAGUUGGUACUAAAAAAACCUUUAGACAGGGAAAUCGCUUCGGAGCUUCUCUUGGUGCUGAAAGCAACAGAUGGGGGCAAACCUGAGCUGUCAGGUACCGUAGAGUUACACAUCACAGUGCUGGAUGUAAAUGACAAUGCCCCAGUGUUUGACAAAGCAAUCCAUCGUGUGAAAUUACUGGAAAAUGCAAGAAACGGUACACUGGUUAUUAGACUUAACGCCUCCGAUUUGGACGAGGGUUCAAACAGCCACAUUCUUUAUUCCUUUACAACUGAUGUCUCCCCCGACCCAGAAGCAUCUUUUCGCAUAGAUUCAGCCAGUGGAGAAAUAAAAGUAAAUGGAAAGAUAGAUUUUGAAGAAACUAAGUUAUGGAAGCUUCAAAUAGAAGCAGUUGACAAAGGAAAUCCCCCAAUGUUUGGUCACUGCACAAUCUUGAUAGAGGUUUUAGACAUCAAUGAUAAUGCUCCAGAGCUGCUAGUGACUUCAUUAACGCCUUCUGUUCCUGAGGAUGCUCCACUGGGGACCGUCAUCGCCCUUAUCAGUGUAACUGACCGUGACGCCGAUAGCAACGGGCAAGUGACCUGCUCACUAACACCCCGUGUCCCCUUCAAGCUGGUGUCCACUUUCAAGAAUUACUAUUCGCUGGUGCUGGACAGCGCUCUGGAUCGCGAGAGUGUGGCGAAUUAUGAGCUGGUGGUGACAGCGCGGGAUGGGGGCUCGCCUUCGCUGUCGGCCACCGCCAGCGUGUCCGUGGAGGUGGCCGACAUGAACGACAACGCGCCGGUAUUCACGCAGCCCGAAUACACGGUGUUCGUGAAGGAGAACAACCCGCCCGGCUGCCACAUCUUCACGGUGUCUGCGCGGGACGCGGACGCGCAGGAGAACGCGCUGGUGUCCUACUCGCUGGUGGAGCGGCGCGUGGGCGAGCGUGCGCUGUCGAGCUACGUGUCGGUGCACGCGGAGAGCGGCAAGGUGUACGCGCUGCAGCCGCUGGACCACGAGGAGCUGGAGCUGUUGCAGUUCCAGGUGAGCGCGCGCGACGCGGGCGUGCCACCUCUGAGCAGCAACAUGACGCUGCAGGUGUUCGUGCUGGACGAGAACGACAACGCGCCCGCGUUGCUGCCGCCUGGGGCUGGCGGCGGGGGCGACGCGGUGAGCCAGCCGGUGGCGCGUUCUGUGGGCGCCGGCCACGUAGUGGCGAAGGUGCGCGCUGUGGACGCGGACUCGGGCUACAACGCGUGGCUGUCUUACGAGCUGCAGCCGGAGUCCGGGGGCUUGCGCAGCCCGUUCCGCGUGGGGCUGUACACGGGAGAGAUCAGCACGACGCGCGCCCUGGACGAGGCGGACGCGCAGCGCCAGUGCCUGCUGGUGUUGGUGAAGGACCACGGCGAGCCGGCGCUGGCGUCCACGGCCACCGUGCUGCUGUCACUGGUGGACAGUGGCCAGGCUCCAAAGGCCUCAUUGUGGGAGGCAGCGAGAGCCACGGGCCCAGAGUUGGCCUUGGUGGAUGUGAACGUGUAUCUGAUCAUCGCCAUCUGUGCGGUGUCCAGCCUGUUGGUGCUCACGCUGCUGCUGUACACGGCGCUGCGGUGCUCGGCUCCGCCCACCGAGGGCGCGUGCGGGCCAGGGAAGCCCACUCUGGUGUGCCCCAGCUCAGUGGGGAGCUGGUUGUGCUCGCAGCAGAGGCGGCAGAAGGAGUGCUCUGGGGAGGGCCCGCCCAAGACGGAUCUAAUGGCUUUCAGUCCUAGUGUUCCUCCUGUUUCGAGUUCUGGAGAUAGUGGAGAAAAACAGAUUUGCGGGAAUGUAAGUACAGGAAUUUUGGGGUGUAUUUAA